AUGGCCCACCAAGCACAUGCGUAUCAUAUGGUUGAUCCAAGCCCAUGACCACUAACCGGCGCAAUCGGAGCCCUAUUAAUGACCUCCGGCCUUGCAAUCUGAUUCCACUUCCAUUCUACUACACUAAUAACCCUCGGAUUAAUUCUUCUUCUCCUCACCAUGUAUCAAUGAUGACGAGAUAUUAUUCGAGAGGGGACCUUCCAAGGCCACCACACCCCACCAGUCCAAAAAGGCCUACGCUAUGGUAUAAUUCUUUUCAUUACAUCAGAAGUAUUCUUCUUCUUGGGCUUUUUCUGAGCCUUCUAUCACUCAAGUCUAGCACCUACCCCAGAACUAGGAGGGUGCUGACCACCCACAGGAAUCACACCCCUAGACCCCUUUGAAGUCCCCCUACUCAACACAGCCGUCCUUCUAGCAUCCGGAGUAACAGUCACAUGAGCACACCACAGCCUCAUGGAGGGAGAACGUAAACAGGCUAUUCAGUCUUUAGCACUAACCAUUCUUCUAGGCCUUUACUUUACAGCCCUACAAGCAAUAGAAUAUUAUGAAGCCCCCUUUACCAUCGCAGACGGUGUGUACGGAUCCACAUUCUUCGUAGCUACAGGCUUUCAUGGACUUCAUGUAAUUAUUGGGUCCUCCUUUCUAGCCGUUUGUUUUCUACGCCAAAUCCAAUACCACUUUACAUCUGAACAUCACUUCGGCUUUGAAGCCGCUGCCUGAUACUGACACUUUGUCGACGUAGUAUGACUAUUCCUUUACGUAUCAAUCUACUGAUGAGGCUCAU